CUGGCUGCCGAGCGUGCGGGGCGGGAAAGAAGAGUUGAGCGGCCGCACCGGCACCGGCGCCGGGCUCGGUCGGCCGGCCGCGGCCUCGCGGGUCGCCCUCCCGUGCCUCGCCAGCGGGCACCCUGGCCGUGGGCACCUGCGGGGCGCGCGGCGCGGGACCGCGGGGCGGCGGCAUGAAGGUCACGUCGCUCGACGGGCGCCAGCUGCGCAAGAUGCUCCGCAAGGAGGCGGCGGCGCGCUGCGUGGUGCUCGACUGCCGGCCCUACCUGGCCUUCGCCGCCUCGAGCGUGCGCGGCUCGCUCAACGUCAACCUCAACUCCGUGGUGCUGCGGCGGGCCCGCGGCGGCGCGGUGUCGGCGCGCUACGUGCUGCCCGACGAGGCGGCGCGCGCGCGGCUGCUGCAGGAGGGCGGCGGCGGCGUGGCGGCUGUGGUCGUGCUCGACCAGGGCAGCCGCCACUGGCAGAAGCUCCGCGAGGAGAGCGCCGCGCGGGUCGUGCUCACCUCGCUGCUCGCCUGCCUGCCCGCCGGCCCGCGGGUCUACUUCCUCAAAGGAGGAUAUGAGACUUUCUACUCGGAAUAUCCCGAGUGUUGUGUGGACGUACAGCCCAUUUCACAAGAAAAGGUUGAAACCGAGAAAGCCCUCAUGAGCCAGUGUGGGAAACCAGUGCUCAGCCUCAGCUACAGGCCAGCCUAUGACCAGGGCGGUCCAGUUGAAAUCCUUCCAUUCCUCUACCUUGGAAGUGCCUACCAUGCAUCCAAGUGCGAGUUCCUCGCCAACCUGCACAUCACGGCCCUGCUGAACGUCUCCCGGCGGGUUUCCGAGUCCUGCACCUCCCACCUACACUACAAAUGGAUCCCCGUGGAAGACAGCCACACAGCCGACAUCAGCUCCCACUUUCAAGAAGCAAUAGACUUCAUUGACUGUGUCAGGGAAAAGGGAGGCAAGGUCCUGGUCCACUGUGAGGCUGGGAUCUCCCGUUCGCCCACCAUCUGCAUGGCUUACCUCAUGAAAGCCAAGCAGUUCCGCCUGAAGGAUGCCUUCGAUUACAUCAAGCAGCGGAGGAGUGUGGUGUCGCCUAACUUUGGCUUCAUGGGCCAGCUCCUGCAGUAUGAGUCUGAGAUCCUGCCUUCCACGCCCCAGGCUCCCUCCUGCCAAGGGGAGGCAGCAAGCUCGUCAUUCAUAGCCCAUUUGCAGACACUGAGCCCUGACCUGCAGGGUUCCUACUGCACCUUCCCUACCUCGGUACUGGCCCCCGUGCCCACCCACUCGACAGUCUCAGAGCUCGGCAGGAGCCCCAUGGCCACGGCCACAUCCUGCUGAAACCGGCAUCGGGGACCCAGCCCAGCCCCAA